CACCUCCAUUAGUGAUAGCAUAAUGCAAGCAGAAGCAUUUUCUGAAGCCAAAGACAUGAACCCAGAUAAUGUUAAAGGUCUCACAGCUGAAUCGAUAUGUAAAAUUUUCAAGCAGACUAGUUCUAGUGUUGAGGAGUCUCUCAGUAAUAUUUCAGUGGAGGUUUCACCAGAACUGGUAGUUGAGGUCUUAAAGAAGCUAAGCAAUGCUGGUAUUCUUGCACUAUUGUUCUUUCGUUGGGCAGAGAAGCAAAAAGGGUUCAAAUACAGUACAGAGAGCUACAACGCUUUGAUUGAGGCAUUGGGUAAGAUUAAACAGUUCAAGAUGGUAUGGAAUAUGGUUAAUGACAUGAAACAUAAAAAGUUGUUGACUAAAGACACUUUUGCAUUGGUUGCACGGAGAUAUGCAAGGGCUAGAAAAGUCAAAGAAGCAGUGGAGACAUUUGAGAAGAUGGAGCAGUUUGGGAUGAAGCUGGAAGUUUCAGAUUUUAAUAGAUUGAUUGAUGUUUUGAGCAAGUCAAGGUGUAUUGAGAAAGCGCAAGAGUUAUUUGACAAAAUGAAGAAAAACAGGUUUGCACCUGAUGUCAAGUCCUACACAAUAUUGCUAGAAGGGUGGGGUCAGCAACAAAAUUUGCUGAGGCUCAAUGAGGUCUAUCGGGAGAUGAAGGAUGAAGGUUUUGAGCCAGAUAUUGUUAGCUAUGGCAUUAUCAUCAGUGCAUAUUGUAAGGCUAGAAAAUAUGAUGCAGCUAUUGAGUUCUAUCAUGAGUUGGAAGCCAAAAAUUUGAGGCCUACUCCCCAUAUAUUCUGUACUUUGAUUAAUGGGUUGGGUUCUGAUAAGAGAUUGGAUGAGGCUCUCAAUUUUUUUGAAAAAUUCAAGGCUAGUGGUUUUGCCCCAGAAGUACCAACCUAUAAUGCUGUCGUUGGGGCUUAUUGCUGGUCAAUGAAGAUGUAUGAGGCAUACAGGAUGAUUGAUGAAAUGAAAAAAUGUGGGGUUGGUCCAAAUUCUCGAACAUUUGACAUAAUUCUACAUCACUUGAUAAAGGCUCGAAAAACAAAGGAAGCUUUCUUAGUUUUCCAGAGAAUGAGUAGUGACUCCAGUUGUGAGCCUACUGUGAGCACUUACGAGAUCAUAGUGAGGAUGUUUUGUAAUGAAGAACGAGUUGAUAUGGCAAUCAGAGUUUGGGAUCAGAUGAAGAUUAAGGGUAUUCUUCCCGGAAUGCAUAUGUUUUCCACCUUAAUCAAUGCAUUACGCCUUGACAACAGAUUAGACGACGCUUGCAGAUACUUUCAAGAGAUGUUGGAUGUAGGCAUUCGACCUCCUGGCCCAAUGUUUAGUAACUUGAAACACGCUCUUCUUGAUGGAGGCAGGGAGAAUACAGCUAAACUAUUGUCUCAACAGAUUGAUAAAAUUAGGAAAACUCCUAUCAUUGGAUGACGCUGGAAUAUACAUCACAAGAAUCCCAAGGGACGCCUAAGGUCAUCUCAUCCAUCUGUACCAGUCAUUGAGCUAUUUUUGGUGUGUGAUCCACUAAGGAUCAUUGCCUAGGUGGGCGGCCUCUGAGGAGGGCCAAAGGAAGAAGCUUUUCGGAAAUUUGAUCCGUUGUAUCUUGCCAAACAACUGACCCUUCUCUUACAUUUGCCUUUCCACUGAAUACUUCAGCCGUUCUAACCUCCAAGUUGGUCACCCUAGAGAUGAGUUCUCUUCCAUUGUUUCCCAUCUCCAAUCACCAUUGCAUUACAUGUUUUCUCCGGAAAAUAUCAGCUUUUGUGGUUUCUCUUCUGUUGACAACAGCUGAACUGCGGGUUAUUAUCACUGUUUGCAUUCUGCAUGGAAUGAAGGUUCCAUAAAGGCUCUGAUCUCCAUUGAUAUCUUCGGUAGAUAUAUGGCAAAUCGGUAGGGACUAUAGUUCAGUAAGACCCUUUCCGGCGGCUGAUAAAUGAAAUUAGAGGCUGAUUGGCAUGUUCAGAUCUGACUUAUAGCAGUGAAGUCAGCUCCUGCACACGGACUGGUUGGCAAAAUCUCUUCUCCGUUACUACCUCCGGUUCUUAAUAAAAGACCUUAUUUAAUUUUU